AUGGAUUCCUCACCUGUCUAUCCAUAUUUGCUGUUUCCGAAUGCUGACGAGUUUCACGCAGCAGAUAAGGUGAAAUACGCAAUUCGUCAUGCUGUUGGACAGAGAAGUCCGAACAGGCUGCUUACACCGCGAGAGUUGCGCGAACAUCAUCGCCUUGUUCGAUCAAUUGAGGACCUUGAGCUCACGUUAUUACUGAAGGACACAUCACCGAUGGCGGUGGAAAGCAGUGCACCAUUCGAUGGAAAUCAUCAAAGUUCCACUGGUUCACUUUCCCAUAACUCUGGCGGGUUUCCAUCUUCAUCCACUGCUUCUUCCGCGAAAGGGAUUUGUAUGACUAGCGGGAUGAGCGCAGGUGCGGAAGAGGAAAUUUGGGAUAACGGGCGAGUCAAUGCUGAUCUGUGGAAUUGGCCCGUGGAAGCGUUACACCAACAGUACAGCCUUUUGAUUGCCAUCGAUUUUGGGGCUUCUUCAUUCUGCGUAUCUGGAAGGGGAAGGGUAUUGGUUGAUUACGUACCAUGUGCUGUAAAAACCGUGCUUGAUGUGAUCAGCACCACCCUCAAAACCCGUCGAGAUGAAAUGUCCCAAAUCAAGCGAUGGGUCCAACUUCACGUGGAGGAGUCCGAGUGGGAAAAUGUACUAGGUCAGGUGUGGGAUCCGGUGGUUGAUGUUACGAUUAUCCUCAUCAACGUGCCAGUUUUCGAUAUUUCGCCCACAACUGCUCACGAUGAAAUGCGGCACUUGGAAUCUGUAAAAGUAUCUGGCGGAGAUGACAACAUUAUGGACUUGUUUCCAGAAACUGCCCAGUCCUUUAAUCGGUUCGAGAGGGGAUUUUCCGACGAAACCAUAAACAAUUGCACCUGGAUUCCACUAGUUACGCGAUGUGCCGCUGAAGCAUUGCUUCGCGACUCUACGCUCAUUUCAAGGCUAGGGAGAACCUUAAGUGCUUAUGAAGAGGCAUGUCGUGCGCAAUCAUGUGGUGGUUGGCCCGAUGUCAGUUUGUUUACUUCCAUUGAGCAUCUUGUCCGCCUAGUGCCUGAACGAUCAUCACGGUGCACGAGUGUUGUUCUUCUCACUAAUGCAGGUGAAGAGGCCCUAUUCGACAACUACUCUCUUUUAGAGAGUUGCGUGAGGAGGAAGAACAUUAUACUCUCUAUCUUACUUCUUAGUGAAGCCGGCUUUCUCCAAGGAUCUAAUAUAAGUUUGCUUUCUCGGUUUCUGUUGAGUGUCGGAGGUUUCGCCGUUCAUUUAGACCAAUGGUUGUCUUUGGGAGCGCAUUGGUUAAAUGUUGAGUGGUGCCGCCGUUUCGUCGGCUCACGUUGUCUAGCGCAACAACUGUUGGUACAGCUUGAAACCAAGUUUCCCAUCAACGUGCUCCACCUGCCACAAAAUGUGCCGUUGACUGUGACCAGUCGACCCGAUAAUCACUACGUCCUGUACGAUGCAAGCCACGGACUAGAGGAUUUUUCACUCCCAAAUACAAGUGGUGUUGUCCAGCUAUUGCGCUGUAUAGCAGAAGGAAAAGUGAACGAAGGUUGGAGUGUGGUCAUGAAUUACUCCAGCGAUGCUUCACAGGUUGCCCACCUUUACGCCCGAUGGCAUUGCAACAUGAAGCGCGGGAGGCUGAUAGUUUCGUAUGAGAUGGAUAUUAGUUACCCCGUUGUACAUCGUUGUGUCUGCGUGUCUGGCACGAGGCUGUUGGUAGAUCAGUUUGUGAAGGCGAAGGGGGAAGACAGAGGAGUUAGUGCUGGAGUAGGUAUGGCGAGGACUAGUUGGGCAACUUCCCUGGCAGUGAUGCGAAGUCAAUUUGACGGCUGGAUGCGCGCUGAGGAGGUGGCGGUACAAUGUCUUCGAACCACUGAGAACCCACCAGACUUUCCCAUAUUAGACGAACUCCGGCGGCUUUCGUCUCGUGAGGGGGUGUCCUCGUGGUGGCUCUCUUACUGCAACGUGCGUUCAAUUGGCAUUUUUUUUCGUUGGGAUGAUGAAACACUGCGCUCCCACCAUUCCUACACCACCGCCGAGAGGAUCUGUGUGCCCUCCGUUACGGGAGAGGCCAUUCAUGUUUUGCGAGCUGCGUUGAAGAAAAACCACCGUCUUUUGGGUGGAAGCGAGGGCAGUGAUAUAUAUAUCUUUGGGAGUGACAAGGGAGACGUCCAGUACGUUGUACAGACGUUGCUAUUGGAUGAGCCAACCGCAAGUGAACGUGGGAGUUUGCUUGCCGUGGGAUUUGAGCUGCGGUUCAGUUUUUUUCUGCGCGAUGCUGAAGGUGUAGAAAGAACACUUGCGAAAGUUGCGGGGGAUGUGAAGGCAUGCUUGUCGUCUUCUAAGAGGGGUGAUUCCCGCAUUAGCGGUAGGCAAACACUUGUGGUAGAAGUGGAGGCCGACGAGAGAAACCGGCGGGAGGUUCAUUUUUAUAAUUCGGUAGUCUCGUGUCAGAGGUUUGAGCAACUUUGUGAAUUCCACGGUUCAAGUGCUUCCUGUUCGGCCCUCUCGGAUAGGGUAGCUUCACGGAGGAGCCAUGUGAAUGAACUUAGGUCAUCUUCUGGUUUGGUAGGGAAAGUAAAGGCGACGAGGACAGCACAUAAGUUUGUCUAUCAGGCCUCUUUGUCGCCGUACAUUGUGAGCCCGUGGGUGCUUGCAGAUGCCCUCGUGCUCCACUGGGUGGUUGAGACUGCGGGAGCGUGGGGAACGUUUGCGAACGCAUCAUUCAAUCUCUUUGUGAUGCGACGCAUACGAGAUGGGUUUCGGUUACUUUAUUGCAUGGCACAGUACAAGGCUGUUUUGCAUGUCACACGCGCUUACGAUGAGCACGACCCUGUCGAUGUUUUUGAUGUCGUCGUUGCUCCUCCAGGUACUGCCGACGGCCGCCGCGGUUCACAGAUAAUAUUGUACCGGGUUGUCCGACCUUUCAAGUUUGGAGUUUCCCCGAGGUAUCGUUCUCAGUUAAUUAGCGACAUUUUAAAGGAUAUUCAGGCCAACACUGUGCUUCAUACUUUCGAGGCUCUCUCCGCUUCAGCAGUGCUUUCCACGGAAGGAAGCUCGCAGCAGCCAAAGGACCUGCCACGUGGGUGUCUCGGACAGCGACCGCAACCACAACUCCUCCUUCAAUUUUGUUCGCCUGACUGCGGGUAUAGCAUUUCUCUACCCAUUCUUUCCAGCCGUAACGGCGAGGAAGCGGGUAACGACCUUCGGGUGGCUGUGCAGCGUCUGUUGUCCCUCCUAUGCGAUGACUACACUUUCGUCUCCGAAAGUUUAGUGCCUGAAAGUUUACAGCAGAGAUUAUACGGCACGGUAUCACUGAAAUGCGAUGCACCCGUGGGCAUCCCACCGCUACAACAACAACAACUUCUUGUUUGCGUGUUGAGGCCUGCGCAGUGCUGCUGUGUCACACUCCUCCUAGUUCCGGGGCCAUCGACAGUACCGUCCUCAGGCGGGAACGCUCGUGAAGUAACCGUUCACGUUCUCUCGUUGGAUGCCGCGGCAUUGUAUGAGGGAGUGAUGAGGCACUAUGGCCGCAUAACCGGUGACGUAGAUAAAGGUGGAGUUCAUAGUUGUUCGGAUAACUCGCUUCGAGAAUCACUUAACAUCCUGUUAACUUCAUUUAGCUCGUUGCAUGUAGGCAGCCAAUUCCUGCGUUAUGAACGCAGCCAUCAAGGAAACUUCCACGAUUUACGCGCUAUCUGGGGGGAGGAAAUGCUACGUGUAUUUACACCCUUUCAGGACUAUUUCAGGGAGAUAGACGUUUCCUACCUUAUUUUCAUGCAUCAUGGGAGUUUCAUAGAUUGCACGAAUGAGGAACCGUGCGAGUCGCGUUUGGAAUCCUUGAUUGCCUCUCUCCUUCAGUCGGCGUCCCUCCGGCCCAUGUCUACCAACCCAACUGUUUUCCUUCGUGCAACUGAAGUGGUGGAGGAUGUGCAAGUAGAAGAGGGUGUCAAUACAAGCAACGUCUCUGAACUAGCUAAUGUUCCGUUUCUGAUGAAACUGGCUCUACUUCGCGUUUCUGAACCCGGUUAUGUGAAUGACUGUGCUUGGAUUUCGGCACCAUGUGAGGGAGUUACUGGGGAAACCGAUUGUGUGAAGUUACUCUUGGACAUUUUCAUGCAGCGUAAGCGCUACCAUCAAAAACAACGCCUUGUGCUUCAAUGUUUUAUCAAAACGUCUCCCUGCCAGCUUUUCGACGUUGCAGGGGGCGAACGGAGUUUGACACCGCAGGUAGCCAGGGAUAUCUUCCGGAAACUUCAGGAAACACCCCGAACACAAGGGGGUUCAGAACCCGCGUCCAACCUGCAAACCUUCUUUGCGGAGGAAAUGCACACAGAAACUCUUCAAACCCUGCGCCGUUGGUCACUUCCCUAUGAAGAGAUCCCAAUGAAAGCCCGCCUUUCCUUUGAUUCCCUUAUAUGGGGCGCCAUAUCUCAAAUGGUGCAGUACAGUUUAACAGAGAGUUUGAAGUCUCAACCAUUUGAAGAACUUCGGAAUGUUGUCAUGGGCGGCCAAACAUCCGAUGCAGAAGAAGGAUUGGUUAGUGAUUCUGGUCAGCCCAACAAGGUUACUUCUGAUGCCAACGCUGCUGAUGCGCGUGGGGAGGGCGUGGAUAUGGAAGUUUUAGCACACGACUCUGUGGAUGUUGUGGAGGCUGUUAGUCGUAUUGUCGGGUUGAGUGAGCUGAUGUCGGUAACUGUCAUUCCUGCACUUCUCAGUGUUCCGUGCUUUGAAUUGGAUUCGUUUACUGUGCAGUUUACUCGGCAGCCAGCGUGUGCUGACAAUGUAGAGCCGUCGAUUGUUUUGCGUGAUGUCUUCACACGUUGUCUGUCGGAGGAUCUUGUGUGUGUCGUACCCGCAUCAGAUUUUUGUUAUUUGUUCAUUCCGAACAGGAGAUACUUCUCCUCGUGGUGGCUAAUGAUCGAUGUCAGAACUGUUCAAGAAACAGCGACGGAGUGUAGGUUGCGUCUUCUUUGUAACAAGCCCCGGGACCCCGACGUCUGCGGGCGUGUUGGAAAGCACUUAAGACGGCUGAUAGAGGCUAGGGUGCGGGAGGCAAACCAAAUGUAUCUACUUAGGCAACUACGUGAUACACAAAGUGCAAAUAAGGAGCUGAUACCGUUUCAUUGGGGAAACCAAUUCAACCCUCCGGCACCUAUCAAUAAAAACAAGAAGGGCUCUGGGCCACCGACGCAAUUGGCAAUGACUUCUAUGCCAUUCCACUGCCGCGGUGUGGCUGUGCGUAAAAUUCCAGUGUACUACAAGUUGCAACACCAGUGUCAAAAGGUUCUCAAUCGUAUAACGAACAGCAGUUCGAGAUUGGAACUCAUAAACAUCUACAACAGGGAACAAUGCUUCAUUGUUGCUGACGACGCACAGAAGGACACCUUUCACUACAUUAGGCUUGUGUUUGUCAAAGACACGUCGAGUCAACCGUCGGUGACGGAGCCCGCGCCCAGAUUAUCCCCGGCUGAUUGCUGUCCUUGGGUGGUGGUGCAACUCUUUAGUGCAACGAAAAAUGCCCUCGUGAGCCGGCCUCUUCGCAAACUAGAGGAUUUCCUUUACUUGUUGGCUGUUCAAGAGCUACGGGACCACCUGAACUACGUACAACACAAAGUUAUUUCUUCUGUUGACCUCAAUUUCUUGCAGUACAAGGCACUGGAUCCAAUUACCAUUGAUUUAAAAGAUGCUAAUGAUGAUCAAAACCUGGAUGAAACUGAUACGCAACUGGCUUUUGCCCUUGUAGUUCUGAGUCUCCAUGAGAUGAAAUUUAAGCACUUCGAGGUGGAGAGCGAGCAAACUGGUGCUUUCAGUAAUUUCAUGGAGUACUACAAACUUCAGAUGCGGACAGAUCGCUUGACUAAUGCGUCCACCGCCGCGCAACCGGUACUUGGUGAUGUAUACAAGUGCGGUUGGAAUGCGCUUUUGCGUUUCGUGAAGGUAAUCGAGAAGGAAGCGGAUGUACUUGUUUCUUGUUCUGUCCAGGUAAACAAUGAUUCACGGUUAGUAGUAAGCAAGUUUCUAACUAAAGCGCCAGGUGACUGGUGUUGUGUGGGCGAUUCUGAGAAAACCUACCUCAUGCAAAUCGAUGAUGCUGUAAGCAUUGGUUUGAGCCGGUGGCGGUUCUUCAUCAUGACACGGGGUUUCGGGGUAAUGACGUUGUCUCAGGUUGUGCCUGCCGUUGACAAGAUGCUGGACUUCUGCACCAGCACAUUGUGUGCCAACUCAGCGGUUUUACGUCUGAAAAAAUUUUCGCUUGACCGUGUGAGUUUGGCGGUGUUCCCUUUGUUGGUUGAGCGUCUUGUCGGCGUGUUGGAGCCGCUCUCACCGGUUUGUUUUGUGUGUAAACCAAACAAUCCUCCUUCGUUCCUAGUUGGGUUCCCAUGGCGGUGGUGUGAAGAACUCCAGGGUGGUCCGCAGACUGAACAUGCUGAGUUUGUCGUAGCGUGUGGAUUUCACAUCUCCGUUGGUGGAAGCGGAAGCACCUCUGGUAGCAUUGUUCCAGUCACUCGAGCUAUGCGUGUGAUACACCCCGACCUCCCUGUUAGUAAGACGCCGGCGUUAGCACGAAGCCAGUUUCUACUGUCGCAAAACAUAAAAGUGUCGUCGUCGGGCGAACCCCGCGCGCUGAUUCGGAUCUCUCUCGCUGAAGGGCUGUCAGUAUGCUUACUUGAUCUACUUGAUUCCGAUAACUGGAUGCAACUCGUGGGACACGUUGUUGCGGAGGUAGAGAAGGAAUCAGACUUAAUGCACGAUAUCAUGGUUCAGCGUCUGGGUUUAUCGUUGCCGGCCCGGCUAACGGAAUCUAUACUGGUGAGUUCGUGCUGUGGCUCCAGUGUAGACGUGCCGCAAGAUGGCUGGAUAAACGUACGGACUGACGAGUGCCGCUGGACCGGCAGCAAUGUGCGGUUACCACCACAGUCUACCCUUCGUUCCGACAUGCUUACGAUAGUUAUGGAAGGGCUAUGCAAUCGUGGUCUGCUUGCGAACGAUACAAUAAGGAUUGAAGAUGCUGUUACUGCGCUGUAUAACGAGUGUCCUCAACUUUCACUGAGGGCGUGUCACGAUUUUCUUCGAAAUUUUGUUCGUGAGGGAGUGUUCAAGGUAAAGCACAAGUCACUUACCUUCCGCACGGGAAACACAGUCAGUUUGGCGGAGGAUGUGAUGACCGCGUGUGCCUUCCGGAGACACGUCCAUGGAGCACGUCUUCUCAUUGAGUCGCAACAUUGGCAGAAAGGGAACGCUGAUUCGCUCCAACAGAUCGAGUCAUUUUGGUGCACCGCACGCCGGGACGGUGAGGUGAGACUUGCUCAGGCCGUGGUGUCCCUUCAAAGUCAUAACAAGCAAAUUUACUGUUCUCGUGUCUCAGAUUUUACUUUGCGCUCCCGGACUCACUGGCAGCCUUCAGAUGAUAUUCUUCCACCUUCAUUACCGCGGGGGGCUAACUCGCACUCUGAAUACUGUCCUUCAGUGGACUCUGCUUUGCAGUCUUACGUUCAACACAUUCACGGGAUUUUCCCCACGGCACGGGUCGUUGACUUGGACCCCCGAGACACAACUGUAACAUCGGAUGCGACACUGCUAUGCCGAUUCCGCUGCCGUUAUGGUAAAAUGGCUGACCCACAAGGAGGGGAAAUAACCUUUGUUCCACAUUUGUACUACGUGCUGGUCCCAGUAGCAGACACUGUUAAAAUGAUGGGACUGGCGCCGCUUAGGGAGGUGGGGGAUCACUGGAUUGUAAAAGGUGGGUUGUUUAUCGUGGAGAUUGGAUUUCAGGUUGUCCACUUCGCCCUGGACGUUUUUAUGGUCAGCGGCUGCUCGCUCUCGGAUGGCACAGCGGCCAACGCGGCCACGUGGUUCAAAAGGAAGCUUAUGUUCAGCACUGUGCUCUAUGAUUUGACGGUUUGGCGGCUGCUUCAUUGUGUUCAGAUGUAUGCGACCCAUUUACCCGGGCAGUGGCAGACUUCCGAUGCUAUUGAAAACCUCGUGAAGUAUUAUCCAAAUCCGCCUAACGAGAGCCUCAAUGUCGCUGCUGUUUUCGACUUGGACGAGCCGAAAUUGCGGCGCCUGCGACGACUAAUGCCAAACGAGCAAAACGCUGCUCCCGGUGUCAACGCCGUCAACGACGUCCAUUUGCAGCAGCUUAUCCCUGAACAAGGCGAGUUGCUUCAUCGCGAAUCCACAGGAGAAAAAUAUCAAUAUUGUGGUUUGAUGUUAUGGCGGUCGUUGCGCUUGUUAGUGUUGGUUUCCACUUUGCGCGACGUCGCCCAUUGCGAUAGGCGUCAGAAUAGUGACCUUUACAAGUUGGUAAUGAAUGCGAAGAGCUCACUCCUUCGGAUGCUCAUAGAUAGCACACUUCGGCAGCAGUUGCAACUAACGUGGAAGAGAUUCCUCACACCUCCAAUUGAAGCACAGGAGCUACAAGAGGGUGAUGUGGAGGAGGCGUUGCAGGAUUUACGCGUUUUGCAAACGAAAAGCGCAAGGGUAUCUAUUGUUAGUUUUUUAGAACCGUUCCUUUCCCUAGAUUUGAACUGGGCGAAUGCGCUUUUCAACUCUGGAAGAUACCUAUCACGGUUGUGUUUUAAUGAAUAUGCCCUUCAUUUAUUACCCGUUGAUGGCAGUCAAACGCGGGGUGGAGCCAUUAUGACUUUGGGGAGUGGCUCACUUGACUGUGGAUGUCUCGUUGUUGUCGAAUUCAGUCGUUGUGAGGAGCGUGGAGUAAUAGAAAAUGGGGUAUUGUACAGGAGUUACGGCGAACGGAUAACCUCCACUUCAUCCAUGAGUGAAGCCGAACUGGAACUUGUUGAGUGUGUGUUAGGGAUUCUCUCUAGUCUUUUGUGGAGUGGUGAGGCAUGCUAG